AUGACUCCAUGCGUGAGCGCCCCUAGGCGAGGCGACGGGCCGUCACCAGGGGGCGAGCCUGAGGACACGACAAGGCGAGACGACGGGCCGUCACCAGGGGGCGAGCCUGAGGACACGACAAGGCGAAACGACGGGCCGUCACCAGGGGGCGAGCCUGAGGACACGACAAGGCGAAACGACGGGCCGUCACCAGGGGGCGAGCCUGAGGACACGACAAGGCGAGACGACGGGCCGUCACCCGGGGGCAAACCUGACGACACAAGGCGAGACGACGAGCCGUCACCCGGGGGCAAACCUGAGGACACAAGGCGAGACGACGGGCCGUCACCUGGGGGCGAGCCUGAGGACACGACAAGGCGACACGACGGGCCGUCACCAGGGGGCGAGCCUGAGGACACGACAAGGCGAGACGACGGGCCGUCACCCGGGGGCAAACCUGAGGACACUAGGCGAGACGACGGGCCGUUACCCGGGCGCAAACCUGACGACACAAGGCGAGACGACGAGCCGUCACCCGGGGGCAAACCUGAGGACACAAGGCGAGACGACGGGCCGUCACCCGGGGGCGAGCCUGAGGACACAAGGCGAGGCGACGAGCCGUCACCCGGGGGCAAACCUGACGACACAAGGCGAGACGACGAGCCGUCAACCGGGGGCAAACCUGAGGACACAAGGCGAGACGACGGGCCGUCACCAGGGGGCGAGCCUGAGGACACGACAAGGCGAGACGACGGGCCGUCACCCGGGGGCGAGCCUGAGGACACGACAAGGCGAGACGACGGGCCGUCACCAGGGGGCGAGCCUGAGGACACGACAAGGCGAGACGACGGGCCGUCACCCGGGGGCAAACCUGACGACACAAGGCGAGACGACGAGCCGUUACCCGGGGGCAAACCUGAGGACACAAGGCGAGACGACGGGCCGUCACCUGGGGGUGAGCCUGAGGACACGACAAGGCGAGACGACGGGCCGUCACCAGGGGGCGAGCCUGAGGACACGACAAGGCGAGACGACGGGCCGUCACCCGGGGGCAAACCUGAGGACACUAGGCGAAACGACGGGCCGUCACCCGGGCGCAAACCUGACGACACAAGGCGAGACGACGAGCCGUCACCCGGGGGCAAACCUGAGGACACAAGGCGAGACGACGGGCCGUCACCCGGGGGCGAGCCUGAGGACACAAGGCGAGGCGACGAGCCGUCACCCGGGGGCAAACCUGACGACACAAGGCGAGACGACGGGCCGUCACCCGGGGGCAAACCUGAGGACACUAGGCGAGACGACGGGCCGUCACCCAGGCGCAAACCUGACGACACAAGGCGAGACGACGAGCCGUCACCCGGGGGCAAACCUGAGGACACAAGGCGAGACGACGGUCCGUCACCCGAGGGCGAGCCUGAGGACACAAGGCGAGGCGACGAGCCGUCACCCGGGGGCAAACCUGAGGACACAAGGCGAGACGACGAGCCGUCACCCGGGGGCAAACCUGAGGACACAAGGCGAGACGACGGGCCGUCACCCGGGGGCGAGCCUGAGGACACAAGGCGAGACGACGGGCCGUCACCCGGGGGCAAACCUGACGACACAAAGCGAGACGACGGGCCGUCACCCGGGGGCGAGCCUGAGGACACAAGGCGAGGCGACGAGCCGUCACCCGGGGGCAAACCUGAGGACACAAGGCGAGACGACGAGCCGUCACCCGGGGGCAAAACUUACGACACAAGGCGAGACGACGGGCCGUCACCCGGGGGCAAACCUGAGGACACAAGGCGAGACAACGAGCCGUCACCCGGGGGCAAACCUGACGACACAAGGCGAGACGACGGGCCGUCAACCGGGCGCAAACCUGAGGACACAAGGCGAGACGACGAGCCGUCACCCGGGGGCAAACCUGAGGACACAAGGCGAGACGACGGGCCGUCACCCGGGGGCGAGCCUGAGGACACAAGGAGAGACGACGAGCCGUCACCCGGGGGCAAACCUGAGGACACAAGGCGAGACGACGGGCCGUCAACCGGGGGCGAGCCUGAGGACACAAGGCGAGGCGACGAGCCAUCACCCGGGGGCAAACCUGAGGACACAAGGCGAGACGACAAGCCGUCACCCGGGGGCAAACCUGAGGACACAAGGCGAGACGACGGGCCGUCACCCGGGGGCGAGCCUGAGGACACAAGGCGAGACGACGAGCCGUCACCCGGGGGCAAACCUGACGACACAAGGCGAGACGACGGGCCGUCACCCGGGGGCAAACCUGAGGACACAAGGCGAGACGACGAGCCGUCACCCGGGGGCAAACCUGACGACACAAGGCGAGACGACGGGCCGUCAACCGGGCGCAAACCUGAGGACACAAGGCGAGACGACGAGCCGUCACCCGGGGGCAAACCUGAGGUCACAAGGCGAGACGACGGGCCGUCACCCGGGGGCGAGCCUGAGGACACAAGGCGAGACGACGAGCCGUCACCCGGGGGCAAACCUGACGACACAAGGCGAGACGACGAGCCGUCACCCGGGGGCAAACCUGAGGACACAAGGCGAGACGACGGGCCGUCACCCGGGGGCGAGCCUGAGGACACAAGGAGAGACGACGAGCCGUCACCCGGGGGCAAACCUGAGGACACAAGGCGAGACGACGAGCCGUCAACCGGGGGCGAGCCUGAGGACACAAGGCGAGGCGACGAGCCGUCACCCGGGGGCAAACCUGAGGACACAAGGCGAGACGACAAGCCGUCACCCGGGGGCAAACCUGAGGACACAAGGCGAGACGACGGGCCGUCACCCGGGGGCGAGCCUGAGGACACAAGACGAGACGACGAGCCGUCACCCGGGGGCAAACCUGACGACACAAGGCGAGACGACGGGCCGUCACCCGGGGGCAAACCUGAGGACACAAGGCGAGACGACGGGCCGUCACCCGGGGGCGAGCCUGAGGACACAAGGCGAGGCGACGAGCCGUCACCCGGGGGCAAACCUGAGGACACAAGGCGAGACGACGAGCCGUCACCCGGGGGCAAACCUGACGACACAAGGCGAGACGACGGGCCGUCAACCGGGCGCAAACCUGACGACACAAGGCGAGACGACGAGCCGUCACCCGGGGGCAAACCUGAGGACACAAGGCGAGACGACGGGCCGUCACCCGGGGGCGAGCCUGAGGACACAAGGCGAGACGACGAGCCGUCACCCGGGGGCAAACCUGAGGACACAAGGCGAGACGACGGGCUGUCAACCGGGGGCGAGCCUGAGGACACAAGGCGAGGCGACGAGCCGUCACCCGGGGGCAAACCUGAUGACACAAAGCGAGACGACGGGCCGUCACCCGGGGGCAAACCUGACAACACAAAGCGAGACGACGGGCCGUCACCCGGGCGCAAACCUGACGACACAAAGCGAGACGACGGGCCGUCACCCGGGGGCAAACCUGACGACACAAAGCGAGACGACGGGCCGUCACCCGGGGGCAAACCUGAUGACACAAAGCGAGACGACGGGCCGUCACCCGGGGGCAAACCUGACGACACAAAGCGAGACGACGGGCCGUCACCCGGGGGCAAACCUGACGACACAAAGCGAGACGACGGGCCGUCACCCGGGCGCAAACCUGAGGACACUAGCGAGACGACGGGCCGUCACCCGGGCGCAAACCUGACGACACAAAGCGAGACGACGGGCCGUCACCCGGGCGCAAACCUUACGACACAAAGCGAGACGACGGGCCGUCUCCCGGGCGCAAACCUGACGACACAAAGCGAGACGACGGGCCGUCACCCGGGGGCAAACCUGACGACACAAAGCGAGACGACGGGCCGUCACCCGGGCGCUAACCUGACGACACAAAGCGAGACGACGGGCCGUCACCCGGGGGCAAACCUGAGGACACAAAGCGAGACGACGGGCCGUCACCCGGGCGCAAACCUGACGACACAAAGCGAGACGACGGGCCGUCACCCGGGGGCAAACCUGACGACACAAAGCGAGACGACGGGCCGUCACCCGGGGGCAAACCUGACGACACAAAGCGAGACGACGGGCCGUCACCCGGGCGCAAACCUGACGACACAAAGCGAGACGACGGGCCGUCACCCGGGCGCAAACCUGACGACACAAAGCGAGACGACGGGCCGUCACUCGGGCGCAAACCUGACGACACAAAGCGAGACGACGGGCCGUCACCCGGGGGCAAUCCUGACGACACAAAGCGAGACGACGGGCCGUCACCCGGGCGCAAACCUGAAGACACAAAGCGAGACGACGGGCCGUCACCCGGGGGCAAACCUGAUGACACAAAGCGAGACGACGGGCCGUCACCCGGGGGCAAACCUGACGACACAAAGCGAGACGACGGGCCGUCACCCGGGCGCAAACCUGAGGACACUAGGCGAGGCGACGGGCCGUCACCUGGGGGGGCGUGCAUGA